AUGGCGGCGGCGGCGGGCGGCGGCGGUUGCCCGGGGCCUGGCUCGGCGCGGGGCCGCUUCCCGGGCCGGCCACGGGGCCCCGGCGGGGGCGGGGGCCGCUGCGGGCGGGGCGGCGGCGGGGAGCGGGCCCGGGUGGCCCUGCGGCGAGGCGGCGGCGGCGCGGCCGGGGCUGGAGGAGCGGAACCCGGCGAGGACACGGCCCUGCGCCGCCUGCUCGGCCUCCGCCGGGGCCUGCGCCGGUUCCGCCGUUUGUGGAAGGGACUGCACACUCGCCGGGGCCGGAGCCGGAGUCGGGGCCGAGGCCGGGGCCGGGCCGGCCUGCAAGAGGAGUCCGACCCGGGCCAGGGGCAGGAGGAGGAGGAGGUGGAGGAGAGCACUGACGAGGAGAACGAGGAGGAGGAGGAGGAGUUUCUGGGUUUCCACUCAGAUGAAGAUGUGGCCCCCAGUUCCCUGCGCUCUGCGCUGCGGUCCCAGCAAGGUGGAACCCCCAGAGGCCGGGGCCGCAAACACAGGACCACCCCCCCUCCACCUCCCCGCCCAGCCGAAGUGGCCCUUCCCCCCCAGAAGGCCCCGUCCCGGAGACGGGGCGAGACUGGCAAAGAGCGGAUGGUGCAGGUACUGGCUGAGCUGCUUCAGCGGGCCCAGGCCCCGCCAAGUCCUCGGGGCCGAGUCUCCGAAUCUCCCACCCCUCGUCGGCCUCGAGGCCGGCCACCGGGCUCUUCGAAGAAGAAGAAGAAGAAGAAGAAGAAGCUGCCAGCGGUGGCAGCGGCGACUCCCAAGGCCACGGCGACUCCCAAGGCCGCGGCGACUCCCAAGGCCGCGGCGACUCCCAAGGCCGCGGCGACUCCCAAGGCCGCGCUCCCCAUAGUCCCGGGAAGUCGACGUGCUGGGGCCUGGAGACACCGAGAGGCCACUGGCCCCGGGAGUCACAAAAGAGGGGACUCGGGCCGUGGGGGCCGAGGAGGUAGGGGCCGUGGCCGGGGGAGACUCCCUCUCCUACUCAAGUUCGUCUCAAAGGCUAAAAAGAUGAAGAUGGGACAGUUGACCUUGGGACCCGAGCCAGGACGGGGUCGAGGCCGUCGAAGGGGGGGCCGCCGGGGAGUCCCUCCAGGUAGAGUUGGGUCUGACCGAGGAGAGGAGCAACAUCCAAAGUGGCAGCCGGAGGAAAAAGAAGAAAAAGACGAAGAAGAGAAGAAGGUGACCGAGGAAGAGGAAGAAAAGGCACCUUCACCACCACCUCCUCUGCCUACUCCCCCUCCUCCACCUUCCCCUCCCCCUCCCCCACCUCCACCCCCUCCACCCCCUCCAGCUCCUGAGGAGGAGGGAGAUACGCCCCCUCCCCUGGCCACAGCAGCUACUAGAUCUCGAAAAAGAGGCCGGCCUCCCCUGACCCCUACCCAGCGAGCUGAACGGGAGGCGGCCCGAGCAGGGCCAGAAGGUGGCUCCCCCCCUACCCCUGUCCCUCCUGCAGGGCCUCCUGAAGACAGUCCUACAGCCCCCCCCAAGGGGACCACUUUCCUGAAAAAUAUUAGACAGUUUAUCAUGCCUGUGGUGAGUGCCCGAUCUUCCCGUCUCAUCAAGACCCCUCGACGGUUCAUGGACGAAGAGGCCCCCCGACCCCCAAAGACUGAAGCUUCCCCCCCAUCUCGGCCCCCUGUCGAAGUCUCUGCACCAGCCCCCCAAGAAACAACUCUAGCUCCUGAUCCCACUCCUGCUCCCAUUCCUGCUCUGGCUCCGGCUCUGGCUCCAGCUCCGGCUCCACCUCCACCUCCUACUCCUGCUCCUACCCCUACCCCUACUCCUACUCCUACUUCUACCCCUACCCCUACCCCUAUUCCUACUCCUACCCCUACCCCUACCCCUAUUCCCACUCCUACCCCUACUCCUACCCCUUCUCCACCUCCCCAAUCACCAACACCCCCACCAGCCUCUCUUCCUGAAAAGAGACGUUCUAUCCUGAGGGAGCCCACGUUCCGAUGGACUUCACUGAGUUUGGAGCUAGCCCCACCUCCACCUCCAGCUCCUCCACCAGCCCCUCCACCAGCCCCUCCACCAGCACCCAUGACCCCAACCCGGAGGCCUCUUCUGCUUCGAGCUCCCCAGUUCACUCCCAGUGAAGCCCACUUGAAGAUCUAUGAAUCUGUGCUAGCCACACCCCUGCCCGGGGCCCCCGAUCCCCCUGAGCCAGAGCCUCCCCCAGCCGAUGAACCGAUUUUAGAGCCUGAGGCACGGACAGGGAGUCGAACCAAUCACCUCAGCUUGCCCUGCUUCAGCCCUUCCGCAGCCACCCCCACCAAGGCUGAGGGCCCCCAAGGCUCACCGGCUCCUAGCAAUGGGCAGCCACAGGCGCCUCCGCCCCCUCCCCCCGAGGAGCAGAGUCUCUGUGCUCGGGGCACGAUUUCGCUUCCUCUCUCUGGAGUAGAAGAGAAGAUGUUCAGUCUUCUCAAGAAGGCGAAAGUCCAGCUGUUUAAGAUCGAUCAGCAGCAGCACCAGCAGAAGGGGGCCCACCCAAUUCUGCCAAGCCCUGGAAUGAAGGUGGAAGAGGCUGUGAGGACCCUCAAGCAGAGCCCUGAGAGAGGAGCAGUCAAGUCUGAGGACGAGUUCCUGGAAGCCAAGAAGGAGAGACCCCCAGGUCCCGAGUCUCCGGUGCAGGGCCCUCGAAUCAAACACGUGUGUCGGCACGCCGCUGUGGCGCUGGGCCAGGCCCGGGCCAUGGUGCCCGAGGACGUCCCUCGGCUCAGUGCCCUGCCUCUUCGGGAGCGGCACGACCUUGCGGCUGACGAUACAUCCUCAGCCUCUGAGACCGAAGGCAUCCCGUCACGCUCCCGAAGGGGAAAGGUGGAACCAGCUGGCCUGGGGGGGAGCUCGGGGUCCACAGGGACUGGGGGGACCCUGCCCCAUGCCCCGAGACGGUCCCUGCCCUCCCACCAGGGCAAGAAGAUGAGGAUGGCACGGUGUGGCCGUUGUCGAGGCUGCCUGCGACUGCAAGACUGUGGGUCCUGUGUCAAUUGUCUGGACAAACCCAAGUUUGGAGGCCCCAACACCAAAAAGCAGUGCUGUGUGUACCGGAAGUGUGAUAAGAUUGAGGCCCGAAAGAUGGAGCGCCUGGCCAAGAAAGGCCGCACAAUGGUGAAGACCCUUCUACCCUGGGAUUCCGACGAAUCCCUGGAAGCAUCUCCUGGGCCUCCUGGGCCUCGGCGGGCGUCAGGGGGCGGAGGGCCCCGGGAGGAGGCAGUGGCCCCACCUGGCCCUGAGGAGCAGGAUCCCCUUCUGCAGCGCAAGUCAGCCCGGCGCUGCGUCAAACAGCGGCCUUCUUAUGAUAUUUUCGAAGACUCGGACGACUCUGACCCGGGUGUUCCUUCAGCUUCUCGCCGCCGUGCCCCCCGAGAAAAUGAGUUGCCCCUUCUAGAGCCGGAGGAGCAGAGCCGGCCCAGAAAGGCCACCUUGCAGCCUGUGGUGCAGCUUAAGGCUCGGCGGCGUCUGGAAAAGGACACUUCUGCCCCCGGACCCUUUGCCUCCUUCCCCAAUGGCUGGACUGGAAAGCAGAAAUCUCCCGAUGGCAUCCACCGAGUCCGUGUGGAUUUCAAGGAGGACUGUGACCUGGAAAACGUGUGGCUGAUGGGUGGUCUGAGUGUGCUCACUUCUGUGCCUGGGGGUCCCCCCCUCGUGUGUCUGCUAUGUGCCAGCAAAGGCUUACAUGAGCUGGUGUUCUGCCAGGUCUGCUGCGACCCUUUCCACCCCUUCUGCCUGGAGGAGGCGGAACGGCCGCUGCCCCAGCACCACGACACCUGGUGCUGCCGUCGGUGCAAGUUCUGCCACGUCUGUGGGCGUAAGGGCCGGAGCACCAAGCACCUCUUGGAGUGUGAGCGCUGCCGCCAUGCUUACCACCCCGCCUGUUUGGGGCCCAGCUACCCGACCCGGGCCACACGAAAAAGGCGUCACUGGAUCUGCUCGGCCUGUGUCCGGUGUAAAAGCUGCGGAGCGGCUCCGGGGAAGAACUGGGACAGCGAGUGGUCGGGGGAUUGUAGUCUCUGCCCGGGCUGUACCCAGCUUUAUGAGAAAGGAAACUUUUGCCCAAUUUGUACACGCUGCUAUGAGGAUAACGACUACGAGAGCAAGAUGAUGCAGUGCGCACAGUGUGAUCACUGGGUGCACGCCAAGUGCGAGGGCCUCUCAGACGAGGGCUACGAGAUUCUGUCUGGGCUGCCAGACUCGGUGCUAUACACAUGUGGGCCAUGUGCUGGGACAGCCCCUCCCCGAUGGCGAGAAGCCCUGGAUGGGGCUCUUCGGGGGGGGCUGCACCAGGUUCUGCAAGGGCUACUGAGCUCCAAGGUGACUGGACCUCUGCUGCAGUGCACCCAGUGUGGACAGGACGGGGAACAGUUGCACCGAGGACCCUGCGACCUCCGGGCCGUGAGCCAGCUCUUUGAAGAUGGGCACUACAGCUCCGUGCACAGCUUCAUGGAAGACGUAGUAGGGAUCCUGAUGAGACACAUGGAGGAAGGAGAUGCCCCUGAGCGCCGGGCUGUGGGGCAGGCCAAAGGGCUCCUCCUGAAGCUCCUGGAGUCUGCCUUUGGCUGGUUUGAUGCCCAUGAUCCCAAGUACUGGAGACGGAACACCCGGCUGCCCAACGGUGUCCUGCCCAACGCCGUCCUGCCGCCCUCGGCGGAUCACAUCUAUGCUCAGUGGAGACAACAAGAGUCUGAGGCGCCGGUGCCCAGCCAUCCCCCCGGGGGGGGCGCCGUCCCAGCAGCCGUGCAGACGAAGGAGCCUGCUUUGGAGUCCCACCUGGAGGAUCCUCGUCAGUGUGCGCUCUGCCUCAAGUACGGGGACGCCGACUCCAAGGAGGCUGGAAGGCUCCUGUACAUCGGACAGAACGAGUGGACGCACGUCAACUGUGCCAUCUGGUCAGCGGAAGUGUUUGAGGAGAACGAUGGCUCCCUCAAGAACGUUCACGCUGCUGUGGCCCGCGGCCGGCAGAUGAGGUGUGAGCUGUGCCUGAAGCCUGGGGCCACUGUGGGCUGCUGCUUGUCCUCCUGCCUUAGCAAUUUCCACUUCAUGUGCGCCCGCGCCAGCUGCUGCAUCUUCCAGGAUGACAAGAAGGUUUUUUGCCAAAAACACACGGACCUCCUGGAUGGCAAGGAGAUCGUGACUCCCGAUGGCUUUGACGUUCUGCGCCGCGUCUAUGUUGAUUUCGAGGGCAUCAGUUUCAAGCGAAAGUUUUUGACGGGUUUGGAGCCAGAUGCCAUCAACGUGCUCAUUGGCUCUAUCCGAAUCGAUUCACUGGGGACGCUCUCUGACCUGUCGGACUGCGAGGGAAGACUCUUUCCCAUUGGCUACCAGUGCUCGCGUCUGUACUGGAGCACAGUGGACGCCCGGCGGCGCUGCUGGUAUCGGUGCCGGAUCCUCGAGUAUCGACCCCGGGGCCCUCGGGAGGAGCCUGACCACAUCGGGGCAGCGGAGGAGAACCGCACCAUCGUGCACAGCCCCAUCCCCCCCGCAGAGCUGCUGGGAGCCGAGCCCCCCCAACCAGGGCCUGACACCUUUUGCCAGGGUCCUGAGCGCUACUCCCCUGCCCAGAGCACGGGCCCCUUACCCCCUCCUCCAGAGCCAAGCGUCGCCCCCUCCCCGGCCCCACGGUCUGUCUCAGGGGCUAGAAUCAAAGUGCCCAACUACUCCCCUUCCCGAAGGCCCCUAGGAGGCGUCUCCUGCUGGCCGCUGCCCUCCCCCGGAAGUCCAUCAUCUCUGUCCCACCACAUCCCAACGGUCGGGGAUCCUGACUUCCCGGCUCCCCCAAGACGUUCCCGCCGUCCCAGCCCCCUGGCGUCCCGGCUGCCACCCCGACGGGCCUCCCCGCCCCCCCGGCCCGCUCCUCAGCUCAGGGUGCCCCCUCCUACCUCAGCCCUCGAGGCCCUCAUGCCUACCUCAGGGGAGCUGGCUCCCCCCGGCCCAGCCACCUCCCCCCCACCUCCUCCUGAGGACUUGGGCCCUGACUUUGAGGACAUGGAGGUGGUGCCGGGGCUGAGUGCGGCCGACUUGGACUUUGCGGCCAGCCUGCUGGGGUCCGAGCCCUUCCAGGAGGAGGAGAUUGUGGCGGAGGGGGCUGGGGGCAAUAGCCGGGGGGCCCCGGGGGAUAGCUCGGAGGAGGAGGCCGGCCCCCCCACCCACUACAUUCACUUCCCCCCCACUGUGGUGCCUGGCCCCGCCCCGCCCCCUGGUCCGCUACCUGGAACCCCCCGAAUCGAACAACUGGACGGAGUGGACGAUGGCACAGACAGCGAAGCUGAGGCUGUCCAGCAGCCACGGGGCCAGGAAGCCCCCAAUUCGGGGCCAGGAGUGGGAGGGGUAGGAGGUGGGGGGGGAGGAGGGGAUGGAGCAAGGCCGCCCGAGGACCUCCCUUCAGAGAUUGUGGAGUUUGUGCUGAAGAACCUAGGUGGAGCUGGUGAGGGUGGGGCCGGCCCUGGCGAAGACCCCCCCCUGCCGCCGCCCUCCCUGGCCAAUGGCAGCCAGGCCCCCCCUGUUCCGCUCCCCGCCCCAGCCGAUCCCCCCCGGACGUUUGCCUGGCUUCCCGGGGCUCCCGGAGUCCGAGUCCUCAGCCUCAGCCCCGCCCCCGAGCCCCCCAAAACUGCUGCCUCCAAGAUCAUUCUUGUAAACAAACUGGGCCAGGUGUUUGUGAAAAUGGCCGGGGAGAGCGAUCCGGGCCCGCCUCUGCCUAAACGGCCCCCGCCGACCCCUCCGACUGCCAGCCCAGCCUGGGGUCUCGCCCCCGGGCCCUUGCUGAGUGUGCUGCCUGUGGUGGGGGUGGUGCGCCCUCCACCCCCACCUCCCCCAUCGCUGACCCUGGUGCUGAGCAGCGGGCCCCCCAGCCCCCCCCGCCCGGCCAUUCGAGUCAAGAGGGUGUCAACCUUCGCUGGCCGCAGUCCCUCGGCACCCCCCCCAAACAAGGCCCCCCGGCUGGAUGGGGAGGGAGAUUCCCUCGAGAGUACCCCCCAACCAGUGGGGACCUUGGGCAGUGGACUGAGCAGAGUACGCAUGAAAACGCCCACCGUGCGGGGGGUCCUGGACCUGGACGCCCCCGGGGAGCCGAGCAGGGGGGAGAGUCCCAUGACCCUCCCCGACCGGCCCCCGUUGCUCCCGCUGCCAGACUGCAGCCUCCCCAAGGUCUCCGAAGGGCCCCCCGACCUGCUGCUUGAGCCCCAGUGGCACCACUACUCAGGUGAGGCAUCGAGUUCAGAGGACGAUCCGCCAUCCCCCGAAGACAAGGAGAACCAAGGGCCCCGGCGGGCGGGCCCCCACCUUCGCUUUGAGAUCAGCAGCGAAGACGGCUUCAGUGUGGAAGCAGAGAGCCUGGAAGGCGCCUGGCGCACCUUGAUCGAGAAAGUCCAGGAGGCCCGUGGGCACGCCCGGCUCAGGCAUCUCUCCUUCAGUGGGAUGAGCGGCGCGCGGCUCUUGGGCAUUCACCACGACGCCGUGAUCUUCCUGGCGGAGCAGCUCCCCGGCGCCCAGCGCUGCCAUCACUACAAGUUCCGAUACCACCAGCAGGGGGAGGGGCAGGAAGAGCCCCCCCUGAACCCCCAUGGAGCCGCCCGCGCCGAAGUCUACCUCCGGAAAUGCACCUUCGACAUGUUCAACUUCCUGGCGUCCCAGCAUCGCGUGCUGCCCGAGGGGGCCGCCUGUGACGAGGAGGAGGACGAGGUGCAGCUCAGGUCCACCAGGCGUGCCACCAGUUUGGAGCUGCCCAUGGCCAUGCGCUUCCGGCACCUCAAGAAGACGUCCAAAGAGGCCGUGGGGGUCUACAGGUCGGCCAUCCACGGCCGGGGUCUGUUCUGUAAGCGCAACAUAGAUGCGGGAGAGAUGGUCAUCGAGUACUCGGGCAUCGUGAUCCGCUCGGUGCUCACUGACAAGCGCGAGAAGUUCUACGAUGGCAAGGGAAUCGGGUGCUACAUGUUCCGCAUGGACGACUUCGAUGUGGUGGACGCCACCAUGCACGGCAACGCGGCGCGCUUCAUCAACCACUCAUGCGAGCCCAACUGCUUCUCCCGCGUGAUCCACGUGGAGGGCCAGAAGCACAUCGUGAUCUUUGCCCUCCGGCGCAUCCUCCGGGGGGAGGAGCUCACCUACGACUACAAGUUCCCCAUCGAGGACGCCAGCAACAAGCUGCCCUGCAACUGUGGGGCCAAGCGCUGUCGCCGCUUCCUCAACUGACCCGCCCCCCCCAGCCCAAGCUGUCACCCCUGGCCUGGCCCUGAGGGGACCCCACCCGUGUCCUUGGCCAUCUUGUUCUCCCCCCCACCCACCCCCAGCCUCAGCACGUGUCCCCAGGGAGCCCUGCCUGCCCUCUUCCAGUUAGCACCUGCCUGCAGGGUCCAGGAUGUAGAUAUAUUGUACAAAGGUUUCUAAAUCCCUUCUUUUCUAUGCACUUUUUUAUUUAAAAGGUGGGGUCCCAGGGGGGACUCCCCCCACAAUAAAGUCCGUCAAUGUUUGGA